CUGUUCAGAACUCUGUGGGUAUUCAUUGGAGAGUGUCCCAGGAGAGAUCGAGCUCCAGUGACCCCAGCAAGGCUCCCACACCGUUGGUAGGAUUCAGUCGAAUCUUUACAGACGGUGGUCAUUUCACACAGCACAGUAAGGAGAGGGCCAGGCAGCUCGAGGCAAAGGAGUAAAAAACACAAUCAGAGUUAGACUACUUAGCAGCCAACCUGAAAUGCUGCAACCUUCCUUCUUUACCAGUUUGUUUCCCUCCACCUGUAGUGGCUAGUCCCCACCACACUGGGCUCUCUCUCUCUCUCUCUCUCUCUCUCUCUCUCUCUGACUUCAAACUGUCUGAGGUUUUGUGCUAAAGGACUAAAGGAUAUUGAGUAGAAUCUUGUAUGUAUUUUUGAGGAAUGACAGCAGUUUCAAAGACAAGUUUUAUUUCCUGAGGAGUUUCCUUUAUUGUGUAUUUUUCAUUUGGACCUUGAAAUGGCUGUCACUAUGAUUGUGUGAGCUCCUAGCCAUCGAGCGGAGUGGGAGUGUCUGUAGGAGAACAGAGGCGAGAGGAGUGCCAACACCUGGACUAUGGCGCCGCACCACCGGCGGGCAGACUAUCCCCUCGCCAGGGGGGCCGUGCUUAUCCUGCUCCUGGGCUGUCUGGCCCUGCCAUCACCAUCCCAUGCAGACAGCAUGCCCAGUUUCAUCAAGUCUCCAGAUGACCAGACAGGUAUUUCGGGAGGCGUGGCAUCCUUCGUAUGCCAGGCGGUGGGCGAUCCCAAGCCACGCAUCACUUGGAUGAAGAAGGGCAAGAAAGUCAGCUCUCAGCGCUUUGAGGUGAUAGAGUUUGAUGACGGCUCAGGGUCCGUCCUGCGUAUCCAGCCCCUGAGGACCCACAGGGACGAGGCCAUCUAUGAGUGUACUGCCAUCAACAGUGUGGGAGAGAUCAACACCAGCGCCAAACUCACCGUCCUGGAAGAGGACCAGAUUCCCCAUGGGUUCCCCACCAUAGAUAUGGGACCCCAGCUGAAGGUAGUAGAGCGGACCCGUACGGCCACCAUGCUGUGUGCUGCCAGUGGCAACCCCGACCCAGAGAUCUCCUGGUUCAAGGACUUCCUCCCUGUAGAUAUCAACAGCAGCAACGGAAGAAUCAAACAGCUCCGCUCAGGUGGUACACCAAUCAGAGGAGCUCUCCAAAUAGAAAACAGCGAGGAGUCGGACCAGGGCAAGUACGAGUGUGUGGCGGUCAACAGCGCCGGGACCCGCUACUCGGCUCCGGCCAACCUAUACGUGAGAGAUCAACGAGAAGUGAGGCGUGUGCCACCCCGGUUCUCCAUCCCUCCCAACAACCACGAGGUGAUGCCGGGUGGCAGCGUGAACCUGACGUGCGUGGCGGUGGGAGCACCCAUGCCCUACGUCAAGUGGACGAUGGGGGUGGUAGAGCUGACUAAGGAAGAAGAGAUGCCCAUUGGGAGGAAUGUUUUGGAGGUCACCAACAUUCGCCAGUCUGCCAACUACACCUGCGUGGCGAUAUCGUCGCUUGGUAUGAUCGAGACCACGGCACAGAUCACCGUCAAAGCCCUGCCCAAGCCCCCCGCCUCCCUGAUUGUGACUGAGACCACAGCCACCAGUGUCACUCUGACAUGGGACUCGGGGAACCCUGAGCCUGUGUCCUACUACAUCAUCCAGUACCGGGCCAAGGUCUCUGACAACGGCUUCCAGGAGGUCGACGGAGUAGCCACCACACGCUACAGCAUCGGAGGGCUCAGCCCAUACUCUGAGUACGAGUUCCACGUCAUGGCGGUGAACAACAUUGGGCGUGGCCCUCCCAGCAGCCUCGUGGACACCAGGACCAGUGAGCAGGCUCCCUCCUCUCCACCGCUGGCUGUACAGGCUCGCAUGCUCAGCGCAUCCACUAUGCUGGUCCAAUGGGAGCCUCCCGAGGAGCCUAAUGGACAGAUCAGAGGUUACCGGGUGUACUAUAGCUCUGACCUCGGAGCCCCGCUGAGUGCGUGGCACAAACAUAACACCGAUGACAGCAGACUGACCACCAUCUCGGGGUUGACCACAGAUAUAACCUACAGCCUCAGGGUGCUGGGGUUCACCUCUGUAGGGGACGGACCUCCGUCUGAUGUACUGCAGGUCAAGACCCAGCAGGGAGUACCAGCCCAGCCAUCUAGCUUCGAGGCAGAGGCAGAGUUGGACACUCGCAUCAUGUUGUCGUGGCUGUGGCCUGUCCAGGACCAGAUCACCAAGUACGAGCUCAUGUACUGGGAGGCUAACUCUGGCAACAAGCUCCAUGUGACCUUCCCUCCAGCGGGGUCCUAUGCUGUGGAGGGUCUGAAGCCAGACACCCUCUACAUGUUCUCCCUGGCUGCUCGCUCUGAGAUGGGUCUUGGCGUCUACACCCAACUUAUUGAGGCCAGGACUGCCCAGUCCACCCCCUCAGCCCCGCCCCAGGAGGUAGUCCUGCUGAGCCUCAGCUCCACCAGCAUCAAGGUGAGUUGGAGAGCGCCCCCUGCAGCCAGCCGCCAUGGGGACAUCGUCCGCUACACACUGGCCUACAAGGCCGCAACUGGAGAGGACCUGGAGCGCCACGAGGUGUCGGACAUCGGGGCAGACGUCUCUAGUUACAUACUGGAGGGCCUGGAGAAGUGGACAGAAUACCAGGUGUGGGUCAGGGCUCACACGGACGUAGGCCCAGGCCCAGAGAGCCCUGCAGCCCAGAUCAGGACCAAGGAGGAUGUGCCCGGAGCCCCUCCCAGGAAGGUGGAGGCUGAUGCCCUGAACUCUACAGCCCUGAGGGUGAUGUGGAAGCCCCCCCUCCAGGUGAAACAGCAUGGGCAGAUCAGGGGGUACCAGGUGGUCUACUCACGACUGGAGAACGGAGCGCCACGAGGCCAGCCCAACAUCAUGGACGUCUCCCUACCCGAGGCACAGUGGAACGUUGAGGAUUCGACGGACUAUGAGACUGUCAUAACAGGCCUGCUCCCUGAGACCACCUACUCUGUCACUGUGGCAGCCUACACCACCAAGGGGGAUGGGGCACGCAGUAAGGCCAAGGUGGUCACCACAACAGGAGCAGUCCCAGGCAGGCCCACUAUGAUGAUCAGCACCACCAUCGGUAACACAGCCCUCAUCCAGUGGCAACCUCCGAAGGAGAUGGUGGGAGAGCACAUGGGCUACCAGCUGCAGUACAAACGCAUGGAGGAGGAGUCGUUCACCGUAAAAGACUUCAAGAAGACAGAAGACCACUUCACCGUCACCGGCCUGCACAAGGGCGCCACCUACAUCUUCAAGCUCUGUGCCAAAAACCGGGUGGGCAACGGGGAGGAGUACGCGAAGGAGAUUACCACGCCGGACGAUGUGCCCAGUAGCUACCCCCAGAACCUGAGCGUUGUGGGCCUGACCACCACCACCACCAAGCUGGCCUGGGAGCCUCCGGUGCUGGCUGAGAGGAACGGGAAGAUUGUCCAGUACGUUGUGGUGUACAGAGAUAUCAACAGCCAGCAGAACCACACCAACAGCACGACAGAGACCCAGAUGACCAUCAUGGGGCUACAGCCUGAUACCACCUAUGAUAUCAGGAUCAGAGCAUUCACCAGCAAGGGAGGGGGACCAAUCAGUCCUAGUAUACAGAGCAGGACCAUGUCUACCUCCAUGCCAGAGUUCACCAAAAACUUUGGUGUGAAAGCCGUGAUGAAGACGUCAGUGCUGCUGACUUGGGAGGUGCCAGAAACAUACAAGUCUCAAGUGCCUUUCAAAAUACUGUACAACCAGCAGAGUGUGGAGGUGCAGGGGAACCUGAAGAGGAAGCUGAUCACGAGGCUGCAGCCAGACACAGACUACAGCUUUGUGUUGAUGUCUAGAGGGAACAGUGCUGGGGGUCUACAGCAGCAGGUCUCCAUCAGAACCGCCCCGGACCUGCUCAAGACCAAACCCAUCCAAUACCAACACGACCCAGAGGAAGGGGGCAAGCUCACCAUCACCCUGCCCAAAGUCCCCACCACCGCCCCUGUCAGAUAUUACUACAUAGUGGUGGUUCCUGUCACACCAACCACACUACGCAGGUGGGAGAACCCUGAAGAUAUGGACUUGGAUGAACUCCUGGAGGCUAGUUCUGAACAGAGCCUGAAGAGGAGACCGACCCAAGAGUUCCUCAGACCCUACAUCGCUGCCAAGAUGGAUGCUCUGCCAGACACCUUCCCUCUAGGAGACGAGAAGAAGUACAACGGCUUCUACAACAAGCCUCUACCGGGCCAGCAGCAGUACCUCUGUUUCGUACUGGCUGCCCUCAAAGACCACGAAUCUCAGAAGACGUUUGCAGCCAGCCCGUACUCGGACCCCAUCACAGUGAAGCUCCACAGUGGUAUGGCUCGCCAUGCUGAGGACCCAGAGAUGCUGUGGGUCAUGGGCCCUGUCCUGGCCGUCGUACUCAUCAUCAUCAUCGUCAUCGCCAUCCUGCUCUUCAAGAGCAAACAAGAAAGGAAACGAGCAUCUCCCUCUGCCAAGGAUGAGCACUCUGCUGGGGUGAAGGACUCUCUGCUGGCCCACUCCUCUGACCCUGUGGAGAUGAGACGACUUAACUACCAGACACAAGGUUCCAGUGCCCUCAGUUGUCCGAACACUCCAAGGAUGAUGGAGCACCCUCUCAUCUCCACAACUGAUCUGGCUAACCACAUCGAGAGACUUAAGGCCAACGACGGACUCCGCUUCUCACAGGAGUAUGAGUCUGUAGACCCUGGCCAGCAGUUCACGUGGGAACACUCUAACCUGGAAGUAAACAAGCCGAAGAACCGCUAUGCAAAUGUCAUCGCCUACGACCACUCCAGGGUCAUUCUCACCUCUGUCGACGGAGUGCCAGGUAGCGACUACAUCAACGCUAACUACAUAGAUGGCUACAGGAAGCAGAAUGACUACAUCGCUACACAGGGCCCGCUUCCUGAAACCCUGAGUGACUUCUGGAGGAUGGUGUGGGAGCAGAGGACCAACACCAUCGUCAUGAUGACCAGACUGGAGGAGAAGUCACGGGUGAAGUGUGACCAGUACUGGCCCAGUCGGGGUACAGAGACCUAUGGGAUGAUCCAGGUGACCAUGUUGGACACUGUGGAGCUGGCUACCUAUAGCGUACGCACCUUCACCCUCUAUAAGAAUGGCUCCAGUGAGAAGAGAGAGGUUCGUCAGUUCCAGUUCAUGGCCUGGCCAGACCAUGGAGUGCCUGAGUACCCUACCCCCACCCUGGCCUUCCUGCGCAGGGUCAAGGCCUGCAACCCGACAGACGCAGGGCCCAUGGUGGUCCACUGCAGUGCUGGUGUAGGGCGGACCGGUUGCUUCAUCGUGAUCGAAGCCAUGCUGGAGCGUAUGAAGCAUGAGAAGUCUGUGGAUAUAUACGGUCAUGUGACGUGUAUGAGAGCUCAGAGGAACUACAUGGUGCAGACGGAGGACCAGUACAUCUUCAUCCACGAGGCCCUGCUAGAGGCAGCCACCUGCGGUAACACAGAGGUCCCUGCACGCAACCUGUACGCACACAUCCAGAAACUCACCCAGGUCACGCCCGGAGGCACCGUUUCCGCCAUGGAGCUAGAGUUCAAGAAACUGUCCAACUCUAAAGCACAUACCUCAAGAUUCAUCAGUGCCAACCUCCCCUGCAACAAGUUCAAGAACCGGCUAGUGAAUAUCAUGCCUUUUGAGUCCACCCGCGUGUAUCUGCAGCCUAUCAGAGGUGUGGAGGGCUCCGACUACAUUAACGCCAGCUUCAUCGAUGGAUACAGGCAACAGAAGGCCUACAUAGCCACCCAGGGCCCGCUAGCAGAGACCACAGAGGACUUCUGGAGGAUGCUGUGGGAACACAACUCUACCAUCGUCGUCAUGCUCACCAAACUCAGAGAGAUGGGACGGGAAAAGUGCCAUCAGUACUGGCCUGCUGAGCGCUCUGCCAGGUACCAGUACUUUGUAGUGGACCCCAUGGCUGAGUACAACAUGCCCCAGUACAUCCUCCGAGAGUUCAAGGUCACAGACGCCAGGGAUGGCCAGUCUAGGACCAUUCGUCAGUUCCAGUUCACUGAUUGGCCAGAACAAGGGGUGCCAAAAACUGGAGAGGGCUUUAUUGACUUCAUUGGCCAAGUGCAUAAAACCAAGGAACAGUUCGGACAGGAUGGACCCAUCUCUGUGCACUGCAGUGCUGGUGUUGGGCGGACUGGUGUGUUCAUCACCCUGAGUAUCGUGCUGGAGAGGAUGAGGUACGAGGGGGUGGUGGACAUCUUCCAUACCGCCAAAACACUGAGGACCCAGAGACCUGCCAUGGUGCAGACAGAGGACCAGUACCAGUUGUGCUACAGGGCAGCUCUGGAGUACCUUGGCAGCUUUGACCACUAUGCAACAUAAUCAGUCUCAGAAUGCACUGGGAAUCCUGGGGUUCCGGAGCGCCGCCAGUGUGUCCCUUCUGAGCCAUAUACACCCUGCUGACAAAGUCCAGAAACAGCCUGAGGGGAGAAGGGAGAGGGGGGAGGAAGAGUGGAGAGGGGUGAGGAGGAGAGGGAGAGAGCACAAGUCUGACUGGGCGACCUUCAAUCAGGUGGAGCAGUACUCCUGGACUCCUGACUGGCAUAAUAAACCUGCUUUAAAACCUUCCACUACUAAAAUCUACUCCCCAAAAAAUUAUCUAAACGCUUCAGUGUGCUUCAUGCUGACGUCUCUAUACGUAAUGCACACACCAUAAAAUCACUAUUUCUGCCACCUACUACUGCUGAUAUAGCAAUGGUUAUUUUUCUGCUUUUAUUAUGCAUCAAUAUCAAUAUUAUUACCCAUUAUAAGUAUGUGAUUAUUAUUAUUAUUAUUUUGAAUUUAUUUUCUAAUCAUUUCUACUCUGGUUAUUGUAUGUCUUAACCUGUCUCAUUUUAAAUUAAUUACUUGUCUUUUUUUGCACAAGGGACAUGAAUUUUUAACAUGCUCCGAGU